UUCAAUUGCUAUUUAUUUGCAAAUGACUUAUUUUUCUGUCCAAAUUGACUUCAUGUAUUGUGGAGUAUACUUUUUGUUUGGCAUGGAGUAUUUAAAAUCUAGAAUCGAUUCCUCAUUGCUGCUUAAUUUUCAAAUAAUUCUGCUUUUUCUUUCUAUCUCUAUCUAUAUAAAUCUGCCUCUUCUCAAGCUUUUAUCUACACAUAGUAAUCAAAAAGAAAUAAAAGAAAAGAAAAUGGGAGUGGACAUACAGGGCAAGCUCCGUCUAGCUCUUGGCUCAGUUAAGGAUCAUGCAUCCAUUGGUAAGGCCAUGAUAUACAACCACGAUGGAAAAGGGUUUUCUGAUAUAGAGAUUGCAGUGCUGCGUGCAACAGGCCAUGAUAACGGUCCCAUAGAGGACAAAUACAUGCAUGAGAUCCUCUUCCUUGUAUCAAAUUCCCCAGGGUCCAUCCCUUUUCUUGCUGAAAGGAUUUCACGCCGUCUCUGCAAGACCCGAGACCGCUUGGUGGCUCUCAAAACUCUUUCUCUCAUUCAUCGUCUCUUACGUGGAGGCAACCGUUUCUUCGAGCAAGAGCUACGUAGCACUCAUGUUUCCGGCCAUCUCCAAAUGAGCACCCACGGUUUUCUCAAGAAUUCAGAUUCUUCAUUUUCAUUCCUACAUAGCUAUGCAGCUUAUCUUGAAGAACGAGUGGGAUGGGCCAUUAAUCAAGCUGGAAAACUAGAACCCGUUAUGUUCAAUGGCCUGGAGUUUGCUUGUUACGAGGAGAAGUCGGUUGAUAUGGUAUUUCGUAAGUUGCCAAAAUGUCAAGUGUUUAUAGACAGAGUAUUGGAUUUUUCACUGCAUGAUAUUGUGCCCGCAGACAACUUGGCUCAAGCAGCCAUGGGCAACACCUUAAAAGAGAGCUUCCAAGUUUACUUUAUGUUUUGUGAAGGCAUUGAAAUUCUUGUCAACAUGUUUUUUGAUUUGACAAGGCCAGCAAGAACUUUGGCCUGCGACAUACUCAAGAGGGCUUCUCGCCAGAGCAAAGAGCUUCGUGAUUUGUAUGAAACUUGCAAACGAAUUAUUGAAAACAAGAAUCUGCGGUAUCCUAGUGUGCAGAUCAUCACCAUGGAUCAUGUUUUGGCAUUGGAACGAUGCUCCAGUUUCAUGUCAACAACUUCAUCAUCAUCAUCUAUAAUGUGUAGCCGUAAGACUAGCACUCCAACACCGAUGGGUGAAGAAGGCAGAAAGGGAGGAAAUAGAGAUAUUAGUAAUUCGCCUGCAACUCCUUUUUCUUGCAAUCUGGAAACCAAAAUAAGCAAGGUUUGGGUGGUUUUUGAAGAAGACGAUGAUAAAUUGCAGGUGCCCAUGGAUAUUGUAUAGUUUAGUAUGAUGGCGAUCCCUAUCCUUGUCCUUCUGUGCCACCAGGGUUAACGAAGCUUGCCGAUAGUAGAAAGAUACAGGUCAAGGCCAUUACAACUUACUUGACAGACAAGUUCAAUUUUGCAGGUAUGGAUAUGAACCAACAAACAGUGUCUAGUUCGUAAAAUUCACCUAUAUUUAUGCUGUUGUAAACUCGAUCGAGUUCUUCAUUUUUGGAGCAACUCAUUUUGAACCUAGCAUUCCCUUUAAUUGGAAAGAAGAAAUUCUG